CCUGCCUCAGUCUCCCGCGCUGACCCUGGACCUCUACCUGACCCGAGCCCGGACUCCGACCACGGAGGGUGGUUCUCCAGUGCGCGGUUCUUCCAGGGCAGCGUGUCCCAGCGGGAUGGAGAACUGAAAUGUGGAAAUGUCUUCCGGACGGCGGACUCUGAAUCUUUGGACCGGUGCAUCCAGACUGCUCUGUCAGCCCUCUACCCCCCCUUCCAGGCCACAUCCUCGACUGUCCUCUGUCAGGUCCUCAACGUAGUGGAAAACUGCUACAGAGGAGACGGCCUCCGCUACCUUAUCCACUUCCUGCUGCCUGCUAAGCAAUUCUUACAGAACCUCCAGAAACAUGCCUGUUUGCAGUACUGCGGUUUGUUGUUUCGUCAUGAAGGCUGGCCCCUGUGCGUCCAUGAGAAGAUAGUCGUUCAGCUCUGUCCUCUGGACCAGUGUCUCCUCCGUCCAGGAGACUUCUACCUGCUGGUUUCUCCUCCUGCUCCUCUUCCUCCUCGAGCACACAGCGCCCCCUGCAGGAGCAGCAUCACCUCCUCACCCUGCCUGCUCCUGUGCAGCGUGUCGGCUGGGAGCCAUCAUGUUGAGCAGCAGGAGGUGUCGGAGAUAGCCCCGCGGUCCCUCUUCAGCAUGGCCUGGCUGGACUCUGUCAACAGGGAGAGGGAGCAACGAGGAGCGUCCAGGCUGGAGCGCUGCCUCCUCUCUGCCAACGGAGAUGUCUUCAGAGUCCCCUGGGAGCACCUGGUCUACCCGCAGUUCAUCAGCCAGCCCCGGACUGCCCUGAAGGAGGACAAGGAGUCCUCUGUUAAGGACGGAGAUGUGUUGAUUAACACAUCACAUGAUCUGUGUAGAGAUACUAAGUCCUCAACACAGGAGGAUGUAAAGCCCCUCCCAUCUGCUGCAAAAACCAACCAAUCACCAGUGAGCAGCGAGGCCGAGGACUCGGAGGGGGAGUACGUGGAGCUGACGGAGCUCCCUGUGCCUCGCUUCUCGCCACAGAAAGGCUCCUUAACCCAGUCCAUCAGCCUGCAGCACCGAGCCAGGACCAGCACACAAACCUCUGAACACACAGCUCCAACGACACACACACACUCCACUGCACACACGUCUCAAAACACCAACACACUCUCUGCUGUGAGUGAACACACACCUCAUAACAGUCACGCACACUCUGCUGCUAGAGCACACACUCCCGAAACCACCAUCGCACACUCCUCCGGGCCCUGUGUGGAGGUCAGUUCCCACAUCGGGCUUUGCUCCAAGCUCAACAAGGAAAACCUCAGCCAGGAUUCCUGCGGAGCCGUCAUCCUCAGCCCAAUCUCCCCCACCCCCACCAUCUCCUCCCGUGCUCCUCCAGAAGUCAUGGAGACUUACAGCAGUCAGUCGGGGCACCGGACGACACAGGAGCAAAAAGAAGGCCUCAGGGAUGAGCUGUCUCCUGCCCAGUCAGAGGUCAGUCUGUCUACUGGUCCCAGUCCAACAGAACCGGAGCAACCAGCACCGUCUCCAAAGCUAGAUCAGUCAGCUGCUCCCACAGUCCCAGUACAACUCGCCCAGUCCUCCCAGUCCAGCUUCUACAGUGUGCUGCUGAGCUCUGGAGCUGUCUGUCUGCCUGGAACCAGAGACAGAGGAGGACGAGCUCUGCUGACGGUCUGUACCGGGAGCUCUGUGUGGUCGAACCCUGACUGUGACCAGGCCCAGCUGCUCCGCCUCCUUCUCUACUACACCUCUACCCUCAGGAAGGAGGUGCGAGCGCUGGGGCUGGCGGUGCUGGUGGACGCCCGCAGAGCUCCUCCUGUCCCCGCUCUGUUCUCCGCCCUCAGGUCCCUGCAGGAGAACAUACCAGGCUCUAUCCACACUGUGUUACUGCUGGUCAACAAGGAAUCGUCUCUCCGUCUGGACAAACCUGCAGCCAUACAGGUGGAGGUUUCGAGCUCUCUGAAGUCUGUGCAGAAACACGUGGAGCUCCAGAAGCUUCCCGCAGAGUUUGGAGGAUCCUUCAGCUUCAGUCAGAGCAGCUGGCUCUGCUUCAGAUCGAGAGUGGAGCAGCUGACCAAUCAGUGUCAAGACGUCAUCAACCUGCUGCAGAAAACCAUCAACAUCCUGCAGUCCACACCUCUACCUGCUGCUGCUGAGGAUGCCGAGCUGCUGUUGUCCAGGUACAAGGCGGUGAUGCGUAGUAUCCUUGAAGACAGCCGAUUGGUCCAGUUACAGCAGGAGGGCGGGGCCUCUCUGUCACGGCUCCGCAGAGAGGAGAGCAGCAUCAGUGGGACGGAGGAGUACCGGGCGGCGGUGGAGACGGUGUCGUCUCUGUACAAUCAGGUGGACGAGCUGCUCCACCGCGUCGUGACUCUGUCCAACUCCAGGACUCAGGAGCUGAACUUCAUCAUGGACUUCAGGAGCCUGGAGCAGGGCUUCACUGAGGUGAGGUCCUGGCUGGAGGAGGUCGGCGAGGUUGGUCUGAAGACUCUGGAAGAACCGGAGGAUUCUCUGGAGCUGCUGAGCAAAAAACAGCAGGACUUCAAGGACUUCUACACAACUGCAUAUGAUUACUGUAAACGAGGCGAGGCGUUGUUGGGUCGUCUAGAGCGUUGGGAUGACAUGUCUUCAGCUGACCUCCACAUGUACGAGGUCAGAGUUCAUUCUUUCUGGGCUCAGCUUCAGGAUUUCUCCCAGCGGGUCAACACCGCCGGCCGGAACAUCGACCGGGCCGUCCGACUCUACCGCUUCUUAGACCAGGCCUAUGGCUGGGCGUUGGAUGGUAUGCGUCACCUAGCUGGCAUCAGUAUGGAGGAGUGCAUGCUGCCAGACAAAUGCCAGGCUGUGAUUGGCUGCCUGGAGGACUACCAGGGACAGCACCCACCAAUCACGGACACCCGUUUUCAGGAGAUGAAGGCAGCGGCGGGCGAGCUGCGGGGAGAGCGAGGCCUCCGUCAGUGGAGCUUCGCCUGGUCCAAGUGUCAGGAGACCAAGAAGAUGUUUGACAGGAAGAUGGAGGUGGCACUCAGGACGCGAGACUCCGCCCACCGACGACGCUCUGAAUCCACACACAGUAGAAGCUCCGCCUCCUCCAGGAAGACAUUUUCAGGACUCUGGGGUUUCCGCGAGACCUCCUCCUCAUCUUCCUGCUGCCCCCCAGAGGAGGACACCGCCACCUCCUCACCUCCUCGUAACUCCUCCUCCCUGCUCUCCCUCACCUCCUCACCCAUCACCUCCACCCCUGCUCCCUCCACCUGCUCCCCUCACACCCCCCAGCACACCCCGCUCCUCCGCCGUCUGUUCCGCAGCGUCUCCUCAGAGGAGUCUUCGGACCAGGUGGAUGUCUGCUUUUCCAGUCCCAGCCUCCCCCGCCUGGACUCCUCUGCCAGCUUCAUCCCCUCCUCAGCCUGCUCCUCCCCUUCCUCCUCCUGCUCCAGCAGACGGCAGCAGUUCAGGAAGACUCAGAGCUUCGACUGUCCCUCCACCCCGGAGACGUCACGGUAUGGACCGUGUCCUCGGGCCCUCAGUGAGCCAGUGCGCAGAGGAAACACCGGCGUGUUCAUCCGCGGCCUGGAGGUCAGCAGCACCGAGGCAACCGACCACACGCUCUGCCCCAGGGCGGCUGCUCAGGGCUGGGCGGGACAGGGGCUACGCAGCCCCGGGACACCCAGCACCUCGAGAACCACUGGUAGCCCUGCGGCAGAGCCCCGACCCAGGGGAAGUAAGCUGCGUCACAUCGUGGAGGAGAUGGUGACCACGGAGCGGGAGUACGUUCGCUCUCUGCGCUACAUCAUCCAUCACUACUUCCCUGAGAUGGACCGGGUCGACCUUCCUCAGGACCUGAGGGGGAAACGCUCCGUCGUCUUCGGGAACCUGGAGAAACUUCUGGACUUCCACAGUCAGUUCUUCCUCAGAGAGCUGGAGGCCUGCUGGAAACACCCGCUCAGAGUGCCACACUGUUUCCUCAGACAUUGCUGCUCCACCAGCCGCAGCAGACCUCCGAGCACCGCCGACAGCUCCGACACACCGAGGAGACGUCCUGCCGCUCUGAAACACAAACCACAGCAGCUGAGACGAGAUCCGGUGAAUCUGACCAGCCUGCCGAACAUCUCAUGGACUAAAGCUCGUUUACAGCUCAGCCUGUGGAGACGGGUGUUUGACGUCUCCUGUCUCUGGAGGAGAAAACACCUUUGA